AUGCCAAAGACAUUGUACGUGCAGUCGGACAAUGCGUCGGACAACAAGUGCUGGACCAUGCUAGCAUUCUUUGCGAUGAUGGUGCACCACAGCUACGUUUCGGAGGUCUUCUUUUCCUUCCUUCUCGUCGGCCACACGCACGAAGACAUUGAUCAGUUCUUCUCUUCGCUCUCCAAAUUUCUCAAGAGAGAGUUGACACGGGUCACCACGCCGUCCAAGUUUCAAGAAGGCAUUCAGCAAGCCAUGGGCAACCGAGCGUACGGACUGAUCGAGCCAAUCGACAGUGUCUUUGACUGGAUAAAGUGGUUCGAGCCUUACCUGUUGGACACCGGCGAUCGCGCGACGGGAAUUCACGAGGCUUAUGUCGACGACGAGAUUCACAAGCCGCACCACUUCUGGAUUCACAAAAAGCCGUCGGGCGACGUCGUAUUUCACUACAAGGAGCUUGCAACGGACCCAGUGUGGCUGCCCUCCACCAACCCAGACGAGGUGAAGGUCUCGGACCCAAACGGCAUCCCGAUCUUCAAGAGACCACCGCCGGAUCCCAUGAUGGAAGGCGCCUCGCCAAGGGAGGCGCCGUUUGCGAGCGAUUAG